UUCUCAACAACAUCAAACCUGCAGCCCUUUUACCCGCUCAGAGUCUCUUGAACUUUUUUUUUUUUUAAAUCGGUGUCUUCUAUCAGAAGAAUAAAAUUUCAGGGUUGUUUUAUAAAUUUUAUGUUCCUGCUUUGUGUGUGUGUCGAAUGUCUUUUUUCCCUUUAGGGCAGGUGUCAUCUCACAAUUUCUGGGUUCCUGUAUGGUAAUUAGCACAGAUGUACACUUUCAGUAGGAAUCUAGGAAAUUUUACAGCAUUAGGUUUGCACAGAUAAGCAGUCCUUGGUUUUCUGUUUGGGGUAGAUGGUAACACCCAGGAAGAACCACCUGUCCCCUCCAGAAACUUAACUGGCUGUCAUGUUACUCAUGGGAUCCACAGUAUUUGAAGAUUCGUUUGGUGCUCUUUAUGAAUAAUUAGUGCUUUUUUCCCUUUUUAAGGUGCUUUCAGAUCUUGGUGCCUGUUCCAGUCUGAGACACCACAGUAAGAAAGAAGGGGCAAGGCCACGGUAGACAGUUAAUUGCUAGAGAAGUUAGGCCAUUUAAUUACGAGGUUGAUGAAUUUUUGUUCUUAGCUCAAAAUGAUAAAUAUUUUCACUGACUCUCAGUAUCAGCUGUGAUAGUAUAGAUUGCUUUUUCCUGGUGAAACAAAGUAUAUUUUAAAAGUUGUGUCUUUUUAUAAAGAAUGUCUUGUCGCGCCGUUUGCUAGACUGAACGUGUCCUCAACGCUUGGUGAGACCUUCCUCUAAUUCAAUCUUUGUCUUUUGUCUUUGCUGCCUUGCAGGGUUGGUACAGUAGGCUUCACUAGACUUAGCUGCAACUCAGAAUUUCUCCUCCAGCACCUGAGUAAAUGCUGAUGGUCUUGUGGAGAGUGGAUUAAGAGUACGAGCUAAGUUCUCAAUCCCAAUUAAGAAGCGGAGGAAAAUUUAAACUGUCUCCUUCAAAGUUUAUCACAACCACCACCAUCAAGACAGCAAACCAAAGGACAAAGACUUUGACCUGCUCUGUUGCUCUGUGUAGUCCAGUUCACGUAUGGUGUACAGACUUGGCUGGGUUACUAAUGAGUAAAUAAAAAGCUGGACGCUUCUGUCAUUGGACACCUUUAUUCACAAAGUUACCAAAAUGAGGGCUGUACUGGAGACGGCAGACAUUGCCAUAGUGGCCCUGUAUUUUAUCCUGGUCCUAUGCAUUGGUUUCUUUGCCAUGUGGAAAUCUAAUAGAAGCACCGUGAGCGGAUACUUCCUGGCCGGGCGCUCUAUGAACUGGGUAGCGGUUGGUGCCUCUCUGUUUGUGAGCAACAUUGGGAGUGAGCACUUCAUUGGGCUGGCGGGAUCUGGAGCUGCCAGUGGAUUUGCAGUAGGUGCGUGGGAAUUCAAUGCCUUACUGCUUUUGCAACUUCUGGGAUGGGUUUUCAUCCCGAUUUACAUCCGGUCAGGGGUGUAUACCAUGCCUGAAUACUUGUCCAAGCGAUUUGGUGGCCAUAGGAUUCAGGUCUAUUUUGCAGCCUUGUCUCUGAUUCUCUAUAUCUUCACCAAGCUCUCGGUGGAUCUGUAUUCAGGUGCCCUCUUUAUCCAGGAGUCUUUGGGUUGGAACCUCUAUGUGUCUGUCAUCCUGCUCAUUGGCAUGACCGCCUUGCUGACCGUCACCGGAGGCCUUGUUGCAGUGAUCUACACAGACACCCUGCAGGCUCUGCUCAUGAUCGUUGGGGCCCUCACGCUUAUGAUCAUCAGCAUGAUGGAGGUUGGCGGGUUUGAGGAAGUUAAGAGAAGGUACAUGUUGGCCUCGCCCAAUGUCACUUCCAUCUUGCUGACGUACAACCUUUCCAACACAAACUCUUGUAAUGUCCACCCUAAGAAGGAUGCGCUGAAAAUGUUGCGGAGCCCAACGGAUGAGGAUGUGCCUUGGCCCGGGUUCGUCCUCGGGCAGACGCCGGCGUCGGUGUGGUACUGGUGCGCCGACCAAGUCAUCGUGCAGAGGGUGCUGGCCGCCAAGAACAUUGCGCACGCCAAGGGCUCCACUCUGAUGGCUGGCUUCUUGAAGCUUCUGCCGAUGUUUAUCAUUGUGGUCCCGGGCAUGAUUUCCAGGAUACUGUUCGCCGACGAUAUAGCUUGCAUCAACCCUGAGCACUGCGUGCAGGUGUGUGGAAGCAGAGCCGGGUGUUCUAACAUCGCCUACCCGCGCCUGGUGAUGCAGCUGGUUCCCGUGGGCCUCCGCGGCCUGAUGAUGGCCGUGAUGAUCGCAGCUCUGAUGAGCGACCUGGACUCUAUCUUUAACAGUGCCAGCACCAUAUUUACCCUCGAUGUGUACAAGCUCAUCCGCAAGAGUGCAAGCUCCCGGGAGCUGAUGAUUGUGGGGAGGAUAUUUGUGGCUUUCAUGGUGGUGAUCAGCAUUGCGUGGGUGCCAAUCAUCGUGGAGAUGCAAGGGGGCCAGAUGUACCUUUACAUUCAAGAGGUAGCAGAUUACCUGACGCCCCCCGUUGCGGCCCUGUUCCUUCUGGCAAUUUUCUGGAAGCGCUGCAAUGAACAAGGGGCUUUUUAUGGCGGAGUGGCUGGCUUUGUUCUUGGAGCAGUUCGUUUGACACUAGCCUUUGCCUACCGGGCCCCAGAAUGUGACCAACCUGACGACAGGCCAGGCUUCAUCAAAGACAUUCAUUACAUGUAUGUGGCCACAGCACUGUUUUGGGUCACAGGACUUAUUACUGUAAUUGUUAGCCUUCUCACGCCACCUCCCACGAAGGAACAGAUUCGUACCACCACCUUUUGGUCUAAGAAGACCGUGGUAGUGGAGGAAGGCUGCUCACAGAAAGAUGAGCCCUACAAAAUGCAGGAGAAGAGCAUCCUGAGAUGCAGUGAGAAUAGUGAGGCCGUCAACCACGUCAUUCCCAAUGGGAAAUCUGAAGAGAGCAUUAAGGGCCUUCAGCCUGAAGAUGUUAAUCUCUUGGUGACCUGCAGAGAGGAGGGCAACCCAGUGGCUUCCUUAGGUCAUUCAGAGGCAGAAACACCAGUAGACGCUUAUUCCAAUGGGCAAGCAGCGCUCAUGGGUGAGAAGGAGAGAAAGAAAGAAACCGAGGACGGAAGCCGGUGCUGGCAGUUAAUAGAUUGGUUCUGUGGCUUUAAGAGUAAGAGCCUCAGCAAGAGGAGCCUCAGAGACCUGAUGGAGGAAGAAGCCGUCUGCUUGCAGAUGCUGGAGGAGCCUCCCCAAGUGAGACUGAUACUGAACAUUGGGCUUGUUGCCGUGUGUUCACUUGGAAUUUUCAUGUUUGUUUAUUUCUCCUUAUGAGCUUUUAAGGAUAUGAUGAGACACUAACUUAAGAAAAUACUGGUCUUUGAAAAAAAACUUACGUAACCGUUGCAUCUCUCAGGCAUUGUUUACGCUGUAGGUUUUAGCCAAAUUUUACUUAGCAGAACAUCAUCUGUUUGCAAGACUUUAUUUUCCCAGAGACGGAUGAAAGUAAAUUUUCAACCUAAAUGAAGCAAAACUUGUUUAAUAGACUGAAUUGUGCAAAUGUGGUUUAAAAUUUUUCAUACCAAAGUAAGACCAAUUAUUCUCAUAGAACAUGUAGAGCAGAUAUAUGCUGAGAUACCACAAAAAAGUGUACUGUUGGCACUGCCAGGUCCUGGUCGAUCUUCCUAACCUGAAGCAGAAGACUUUCUCAUUUCAGAGUUUUUUUCUGUCUCUGUAAUCCCUACUACCAUUUAAAAAAACUGAAUUUGUAGACAUUGUAUAAUCAAUUAUGUACUGAAAAUCUAACUAAUGUGCUAGUGAGGUACUUGUUUCAGGACAAGUUAGUUAGUUGCCAGGUUCGUUGCUUGAGCAUGAGCCUGUGGAUUCUGAUGGCCGGGAGAAAGGAAGACUGUCUUGUAGCUGUUCUCGCACCACCAGCAUAUGCAAUGUUGGGGGAAAGUGUUCCCGUUCCUUUCUUCCUGCUUUGAAGUUUCAGUGCACCGUACUCAAAUGAGCACCAAAUCCGUCCUGAUAAAGUUAUGUGUCAUGAUUGUCUUGUUAAUGAUUGUGGGGGAGAACAUUGCUGAUGAUCUCCACAUGCAUUGACUAAAUUAAGGUGGUUUAUUUUGUCUGGGAAUCACACAGGCCCUAUGCAUUGUUUGAUCAACUUAUGCUAAACAGGUGGUUGCUUAUACUCCACUAGUUCUCUAGGUGUGUUCUUGUCAUUUGGAAACAUUCUUUAUUAGCCAGUUGCCUUCCCAAGUAGAUCCAGUUGGAAGAUAGUCCAGAAAUUGGAAGAAAAGUGGACACUGCUUUUGUGCUGGAUUGCCCUGCUGGAUUAGAUCGUGAUAUAUCAAACUUGUGUUUUUAGAGGGAAAAUUUAAUUCUGAGAUCAUAUUGUAUCCUUGAUAAGUCUUUUUCUUGAUAUACCUUUUCAAAAGACUUACCAUCUGUACCCAGCCUCUACAUUUUUGCUUAAAAAGUUAAGUGACUCACAGCAUGAGGAUGUUUGAAUGCAAACUGGCAGUCAGUAACAGAAAGCUCAGAGCAUGCUUUGCUGUGGGUGGAUUGCCAGUGUGUCCUUAUAGAAUGGAGAUAGCAUGUGCGAGAGGUGCCACGAGCAGGAGCUCUGGGUUUAGCAGCGUGUUUUCUGGAGGAUGUUGCAGGACUUGUGCGGUUAUAGGACCCCUUAUCUUGACAUGGCCUGGUACACAGUUGCAACCUUCGUAGAUGGGAGUCUACGUUCCCGGGCUGACCCCCCUCGCGAGGACAAGGGUUCUGCAGAGGAUGUUAGAGGGAAGCUCUGCAGAUGAUGUAGUUCUGUGUCUGUGCGCAGCACCCUUUUUCCAGCUCCAUGACAGAUGAAGGAAACUAAUUGUGUAUCUGCUUUCUUUGACUUUUCUGUACUCUCUGAUACUUUUUAAAUUGCAUGAUUUUAUUAAGCUUAUAUUCUUUAGGGAAAAUUAUUACUUUUUUAGGUACUUUUGUAGAUUUUGAAUAAAAACUCAGUCCUAAUGACUUUGAAUUUUUUGUACUCUCUAAACCAGUUUCAUUAACGAUGGACUUGAUUAGUUUAAAGUUGAUUUAAAAAUUACCGGGUAGCUUAAUGUCUUCCCUUCUCCAGGCGGCUUCCAGAUGGACUGAGUCUGUAGAUGAAAAAAUAACUUGCGUGAAUAGCAUGGUUUUUGAGAGUUUACAGUGCCUUGUAGAAUUUUUUUCUCAGUUUCAUUGUUACGGUUUAUGAGUUGGGGGCCAAAUAAAUUGGGACCCUCCUUCCUUCCCUUAUAUGGAGGCUGAGGCUGUGACAUGUCCAAGGUUGCAAAGUCACUGGGAAGAACAAUCAGGUGUCCAUACAACCAGGUUUGUUUAUGGUUUGUCCUUUACUGAAAGAACUGUUCCUCUUUUGAGACAACCUUUUGGUAUUUGGGGAAAUAAUAGGAUCUUAGAUUUUCAAAUUGGCAUUCAGUCGUAGGAACUAAAUUUUCUUUGACCACACUGCUGUGUCUCUCAGCAGUGAGGAUUGCCGUGCUGGCUGGGCAGCCUUCUCACCCUUUUUACUUACAGCGUCAGUGAGUAGGUGGUGUUUAUGUAGAUUCCCCCACCCCUUUAUUUUGAGUCCUCAUAGUUUGAAGUGUUAGGGUCCCCCCGCCUUCUCUCUGCUGUCGUCUUAGUAUAAUAUGGAAAAUGCUUCAUCUUGUGUCUAUUUGUGUGUAUAUAGCAGUAGGUCAAGUUUAUAGUACUAAUGCCUGUAAAUAAGGAAUGACUAUUAGCAUAUCCAUGAGGAUUGUUUAUUCUUAGCAGUGUAAACAUCACUUUAUUUAGACUGAAGUCCCUGAAGCUUGUCCUUGUUGCUUCCCAGCAGUAGAUAAUGUGCUUGAAAGGAUGUGAAUUGCUGACAGCAGCUUCAUUUCAGGGGUUCAUUCUUCGGUCUAGAUUUCAUUAGAAUGGAUGUUCAUGGAAUGAUAUGUGGUCUCUUCAGAUAGCAACAGUGUUCAUUCUUCACACUAACUAAAUGGGUCCUAAAUGAUAUUGCUCUCUAGACAUUAACAUGUAUAUAUUUUUAUAUUGGCUCAAGCUAAGAGUAAUAGUGACUAAAAUAGUUGAGAGUCAAAAUGAGGUGAGGACUCUGGUCUUCACAGGUGGAGACAAUGUUCUUAGCUGCUGUUAAUGGUAUCUCCCAGUUCUUAGAUUUUUGUCCUCAAAGGCCAUCUUAGUCUCAAGAUCUGCCGAGAAGAGCUUAUUACUCUGGUGUGCAGAAUAAUUUUUGGGUCCUUUGUGGGACCUCUCAUUUCUCUAUUCAUCUAAGAAUUUUUUGUCCUGUCACCCCAAGGUAGUAAGCGGCUUCUGAAACACCGGAGCCAGCCUUUCCCCGGCUGUCCUUUACCUUGAGGUUAGAGAAGCAUCGAGCAGUAGCAGUGGUGCUGUGUCCUUUGGCUGCAGAUUCCGCAGAUCUUACCCCCCAAGGCUUCCUUUUCAUUGGCUCUAAGGAUCCAUUGUCUUUGUGCACAAAGAGGGUCACAGUAGCCAUAGCUCUUAGGGAUGGCACCUCAAGUUAUUAGCAGGGACCCAUCACUUUUUGAAAUGUCACAUUUUGAGGAGUGGAAAGGUGGUUAACA